AAUCCGAUCAUUCCCGUGCCCUUCUGCUGCUGUUCCUCUUCCUUCUGCUUCUCCCUCUCUUUCUUUGGUAAUCUCUUUGAAGAAAAAUGAGUCUCUUCAGGAAGACGGAGUUCUGCUUGGACUCAUCUUUUGAUCUCCUUUACGACCAACUUUUUCCUCUCGCUCCGCGGAUGCCCUGCCACCCGCUGCUCCUCCCACCGCCGCCACCAUUGGAGAAGCCGCUCGUGCAGCCCCUGCCGUUGUCCGUCCUCGAUUUCUUCCACCCAAGCUCCAUCGACCUCCCAUUCGAUGCGCUCGAGAAGAGCUACGCUUCCGACUUGGUCGAGCUUAAUGCCACCCCCUUCUCCUCCACACUCAGGAGAUACAGGAAGGAAUAUCACUUCCCCGCUCCCGCCGUCUCCGAUCUGAUCGAGGUUAGCAGAACUCCCUUUUCCUCUUCCGUCAGGAGGUACAGGAAGGAAUGCCACUCCCCUGCUCCGGCGUCCCUGUUCUCCGCGUCGUCGACCUUCUCUUCCUUUGCCUCCGACCUCCGCCUGCCCGCCGAGGUCGAGAAGGACGCGAUGCUACAGUGCCUGAGCGAUCGCAUCUCUGCGCUCGAGCUGGGGCUCGAGGAGAUUUUCUCCUCCCACCCCAGGCUCGUCUGCAAGGAGAAAGCAGGGCGAGACGUUUCUUACAGCUACAAGCUCGAGUCGGAAGGGGGGAAGGGACUCGAUCGGAAGCAGAAAUGGACCGCCGAGAUUAAGGGGCUCCACGGUGAGGACUCGCGGAUCUCCGCCACGUACAAACUUGAGGCCUCCGCUAUGAAGAAGGAGAAAGACAAGAAGACGAAGCCCGCCGCCACCCGCGUGGUUCAGAUCGAAGACGUAGACUCCGCCGUCGCCCGCAAGCAGGAGCUGUUUGCGAAGCGGAGAUCAGCAGCCGUAGCAGCUAUUAAGAGCAGAGUAAGGAAAGGCAAGUGGAGGCAGCUCUCUCCUGAGGAUGCUGCCUUGAUCAUUCAGAUGAGCUUCCGAGCGCAUCUUGUUCGUCGCUCGCAGGCGCUUCGAGGACUUAGGGACCUUGCCAUAGCCAAGGCUAAAUUGAAGGAACUUAGAUCCUUGUUCAACAAUUUCUCUUACCGGCGCCGCCUGACUGUUGACGCCGAAGAACGGCAGAGGUUCUCGGAAAAGAUCAUCGUCCUCCUGCUCACUGUUGAAGGCAUUGCGGGUGUUGACUUGAUGAUUAGAGAGGCACAGAGGAGCAUGAUCAAAGAACUGGAAGCCAUGCUUGAGGCCGUGGAUCCACAACCUGCUGGUAAGCUGGCGUCAUUCAAGAGAAGGACGUUCGAUCUGCCUGAACCAUGCAGCAACGGUGAACUGGUAGAGAUGGCAAAGGGUGUGGCUGAGGUAGUGCAGAUGCUUGACCAAGACUGUCACAAGGUGGACAUCCGUGGGUAGACACACAAAACUAGUAACGCACAAAGCAUCUCUUCUGGUUUGUUGUCUAUCAAUUCCGUCGUGGUAGAAGUUUUCUGACAUGAUCGUCCGCGCUUUCCUUCUAGUUGUUUUAACUUUUCCUGCUGAAACAGGAAGUUUUUGGAUGGACCCCUUCUUGUUGUGUUUAUGCGAGAUGUAAACUCUAUUUAUCAUGUGAUCCUAUAUUACUAGGCUACUUCUUGUCUC